AUGUCACAAUGUCUCAAGGCUCAAUGUCUCAAUGUCUCAAGGCUCAAGGCAGUGAUUAACACGGGGGGAAUGAAGGCAGUGAUUAACACGGGGGGAAUCAAGGCAGUGAUUAACACGGGGGGAAUCAAGGGAGUGAUUAACACGGGGGGAAUCAAGGCAGUGAUAAACACGGGGGGAAUCAAGGCAGUGAUUAACACGGGGGGAAUCAAGGCAGUGAUUAACACGGGGGGAAUCAAGGCAGUGAUGAACACGGGGGGGAAUCAAGGCAUGAUUAACACGGGGGGGAAUCAAGGAGUGAUUAACACGGGGAGAAUCAAGGCAGUGAUUAACACGGGUGGAAACAAGGCAGUGAUUAACACGGGGGGAAUCAAGGCAGUGAUGAACACGGGGGGAAUCAAGGCAGUGAUUAACACGGGGGGAAUCAAGGCAGUGAUUAACACGGGGGGAAUCAAGGCAGUGAUUAACACGGGGAGAAUCAAGGCAGUGAUUAACACGGGGGGAAUCAAGGCAGUGAUUAACACGGGGAGAAUCAAGGCAGUGAUUAACACGGGGGGGAUCAAGGCAGUGAUUAACACGGGGGGAAUCAAGGCAGUGAUUAACACGGGGGGAAUCAAGGCAGUGAUUAACACGGGGGGAAUCAAGGCAGUGAUUAACACGGGGGGAAUCAAGGCAGUGAUUAACACGGGGGGGAUCAAGGCAGUGAUUAACACGGGGGGAAUCAAGGCAGUGAUUAACACGGGGGGAAUCAAGGCAGUGAUUAACACGGGGGGAAUCAAGGCAGUGAUUAACACGGGGGGAAUCAAGGCAGUGAUUAACACGGGGGGAAUCAAGGGAGUGAUUAACACGGGGGGGAAUCAAGGCAGUGAUUAA